AUGCAAACAACUGAUUUUUUUAUUGCUUGUAAAGAAUCACGCAUUGAAAAUAAUACUAGUUUUUAUGGUUGUUUUUAUCUAGGGCCUUUCGAUGAUAGUUUAAGCCAAACAAUAGCAAAUGAUAUAAGACGUACUCUUUUAUCAGAAUUAACAAGCUUAGCAAUUACUUCUAUUGAAAUUGAAGGCAUUUUGCAUAAAUAUUCAAGUUUACCAGGUAUGAAAGAAACUGUUUUAGAUUUAAUUUGUAAUCUACAAAGUAUUGUGUUAAAAAAACAAGAAAUUAGUUUUACGAAUAUAACAUUACGUUCUACUAAAAAAACAUAUAGAGGAUUUUUAAAUGUUAGUGGUCCUCGUGUUAUUAAAGCAAUGGAUUUAAAGUUACCAUCGGGUUUACAAUGCGUCGACCCA